UCAGGCAAGGACUUGUCAUUUUAUUUCUCAGUGGACUUUCCACACACAAAAACAAUAUUUGUUACUUUUAGAGUUUAGUAUCCAAAACAAAAAUCAUUCAUUGACAUUAUGGGAAAUUUAUUGAGUUCCAAAACUAGUAAGUGCAAAAGACAACCCUCCGGCUAUCGACAAUUCUUAAGAGCCUACAAGCAGAAGCACCCGGAUAUGCCGCAGAAGCAGAUGACCCUUUCGGCCCUGCGGAACUGGGGCAAACUCUCUCCAUCGCAGAAGAUGAGCUUUGUCAAUGUGCCAUCCCUGCAGGCCAGUCAUACCCUUCAAAAAUUGAACAUCACCGACCGCAGCAGGGCCAGGGCCAGGGCCAGGCGUCGACGCAACAAGAAGACUGGAACAAAAACGCAAGCCUCAAGCCUCCCAGAGUGCGACUUCAACUCCGAUGAUGACAUUCGUUUCCCCAUUUUCAUGAAUCAAUAUCGUUCAGUUCACAAAGAGCUCUCCGAGUCAGAGCUCUGCCAACAGGGCACCAAUGCCUGGACGGCACUCACCGAGGAGCAGAAGAAUCUGUUCAAAGAUACUCCCAGAACCGUGGUCCUGCUGGAACACUGCACCUGCUCAUCGAUUGCAAAGCCUAAAGCCCGAGCGAGGCGCAAAAAGAAAUAAUUAUAAGUAAACAAAACUUUACCCAAUAAAUGACCGGCCAUGCAUGGACGCUUGACACGUGAGAA